AUGGCUACUGCUUCGAUCAAAAGAAGUGCAAGUACGGAUGGUAAAAGGCCAAACUCGCGGCAUCGUUAUGAGAAGGUCAAGGCGAAACUCGAAAGGGAACCUCGUUUACAACGCGAAAGAUCUAGUCCGAAUGCCUCCCAAUAUCGGCCUCCUCCACGACAAACUUUGCAAUACCAUCAACGAAUACUUACCCCAAUGAAAACACCUUCUCCAUGUUUUACCUCCCCCUCACCGCCUCUUAAUGUUUACGCUGCUCCGGUCAUGGAACGAACUCUCUCCGGUGAUUCGAUUGUCUCUGAUCACAACAUCUCCAUACCUUCUCCUGCUCUCCACGACCAUACGAUUUUGAGCGAUGACCAAGCAGCCAAUAUCGUUGAACACCACUUUCUCUACACCCGGCCUCCAGACCACCACUAUCUCGAAGUCGAACUCCAAAACCUUCUUCUCAAAGCUCACCUGUCUGAUCCCGCUAUAGACCGCAUCAUCUACCUCAUCGAUACGAUAUUCUUCCACAACUCCCUGCACAACCGCGUUCGACUUUCCUGGUCCUCGCCUUCUCAGCCUCGCUAUUCGUCAGAACUCAUCGGUACUACUGCUCUUCGCCCCUCUUCUCUAGGGGGCUUCGAAACUCUAAUAGUUCUAUCCGAACCCAUUCUUAGAGAUCCGAAAUAUGAUCGGAGAUUAUUGUUAAGUGCGUUGUUGCAUGAGUUAGUGCAUUGCUAUCUAUUCGUGAAAUGUGGAUGGGGCGCAAAGGAGAUGGGGGGACACACGGAUGGAUUUCAUAGGGUGGUGGGUGUUAUUGAUGGGUGGGUGGAGAGGUGGAUUGGAAGGGAUUGGCUGAGGUUGUGUAGCAUGAGGGCGAACUUGGAGCUUUUUAAAGUGAGGCGGGAAGCGUAUGGACCGGGGUGGCAGGGGGGUGGAGAGUGGAGGGUAGACGAGCAUGCGGAGAGAGAAAUGAGACAUCGGGAAAGGAUUCGGGGAGUACAUCAUCAUGGACAUUACUCCCAUGACGGAUGCGGACAGAGUCCUGGCCCAGGAAUGGAUCGGGGUUUGGGGUUUACUCGCAAUGCUCUCCCCUUUCUUCCUAACGCUGGAGAUGAGGGAUUUCGAUAA